GGCGGGUAUUUUCCCAGGCGUCCUUUGCAGAAACGCAGCAGCGAAACAUUAAGCAUGUAUUUGUUUACUCAGUUAAUGUGAUCCGCAUGUUGUGUUAAAUUAUUUUACAACAUCAAAGUUAAGUUUAAAUUGUUGAAAAUAUUUGCUUAUUUUGAUUUUCAGUUUUAAAUGCACUUAUAAUUAAAAAAUAACCGAUUAUGAGGAGCAGUUCGUCCGUGUCUCUGGCUGGCGGCCGCUGUUCGGGCUCGUUUCGGCAGAUCAGUUCACCUACAUGUCCAUUAACCGUUAUGCUGGACACUGCCACUGAAUAUUUAAUGGUGAAGAAAGACUUUCAAGCUGCCCUGGAUACGUGUGAGAAAUGUCUAGAGAGUCUGGCUUCUGCAGAGCAAGAAGAGAGUUGCCUCAAGCAUGGAGAACUGAAAGCUGCUUUGACUAUAGUUGGGAUUCAAGCGAUGGCUGAGCUCAAUCAGUGGCGUGGAGUUCUGUCAUGGGUUUUACAGCAAUAUGGAAAAACGGAUAAAAUUCCUGCCAAGAUUAUCCAAAUGUGCAUUCUGCUCCAUGUAAAAGUGGGUGAAUUGGCAGUGAUAAAGGAUGCAGUUGAUGAUUGGCUGCGCUGCUCCACUAACAUGAGCCAAUCAGGGUUUAGCACAGUGUCUGAGCUCUAUCUCAUUCACAUACUGAUACCGAUGGGUCACACGACUGAAGCCCUGGAGCUGCUGGAGAGUGAUGUGGGCCGGGUCGCGUUCACUGAGGAACAGAGGCAAGCUGCCCGUAGUUUGGUGGACUUUCAAAAUGAGAAAAAUGCAGCGUUGUCUAACCCAAACCCUGUAACUGUGACGACAGAGACUACUGCUUCACAAGAUAAGUCGAGCCAGAGGCUGAAUUCCAUAAUAAAGUUGUUGCACAGAGGUCUUUCAAUAGCCAGUGUGAGGAUUCGAUCCAUCUCUCUACGAAGAGUUUUCUUGACUUUAAUGUUGCUAUAUCUGCUUCUUAUUCGUAUGGAUCCGGCUUUGCCCUCAGCAUUCCCAUGGCUGCUUCACUUGCAUAGACUUCUUCAACAGGCGUGGAAUACCAUGUUUGGACCCUACUACAAAGCCCAUACCCGGAGUUAAAUUCUUACUUUGUCAAGGAAUAACUGUGAAGCCAAGGCAGGGUAAAAAAAAAAAAAUACUCUAUGGGAAAGACAAGGUCUGGCUCAUGGUGCAGUUCCUUUUUAUAUGUAAAUUUGCUGAUAACUUAAAUAAAAUUGUUUACAAUACAAUGUACAUAAGAUGAAUAUUGCAAGCAAAUCAAAUGUAAUUUAAUAUAAUAAAGUGUAAAUGUCACUGUU